UAUCACCUCCUGCCAGAGCAUGCAGGCACAGCCACUGUGUCGAGUAGAGGAAGCUGACUUUCCUGGAAUUGUCGAGAACGAGAGCUUUCCUGUUAUGCCGUAAAAAAAAAGAAAAAAAAGAAAAAAGAAAAAGAAAGAACUCCAGCCGGAGCACGGAGUUUAUCAGACGGCCGCUCGGGCUCACGGGAUAAUCACAGGGCACUUGGCGGCGGCGCGGAGACGGUCAUGCCGCUUCUUAAGUCCUCUUAGAUCUGCUUGAGCCUCGACUAGCUCGGGAUCACCGGGCAGUCGGGCACUGAGGGGAUUUGGCUCGUUAGCCUGUGUCGUCUGCCACAGACAUGGCUCCACAAAGGGCACCGGGGCGAAAUCCAUCGAUAGCUUUGCGGCUUCCCUGGAUUUCGCUGACGACAUCCCCGCUUGGCUCCGCCUGACAGGAUGGACGCGCUGGAGUCGGAGUUGACCUGCCCAAUCUGCCUGGAGCUCUUUGAGGACCCACUGCUCUUGCCCUGUGCCCACAGCUUGUGUUUCGGCUGCGCUCACCGCAUCCUGGUUUCCCACUGUGCCUCCAACGAACCCGUGCAGUCCAUUGGCGCCUUCCAGUGCCCCACGUGCCGCUAUGUCAUCUCUCUGAGCCCACAGCGCGGCCUUGACGGACUCAAACGCAACAUCACUCUCCAGAACAUCAUCGACCGCGUGCAGCGGGCCUCCUCGUCCACGUCGUCCCACGCCCUGCUGCUGCCGCCGAGCGGGCCCAGCUCGCCGGCCGAGGACGGGCGCCCGCCACUGCCGCUCGCCGCCAUGACCACCACGCCGCUCCCCGAGCCCGUGCAGUGCCAGUUCUGCGAGCAGGACCCGCCGCAGGACGCGGUCAAGACGUGCGUCACCUGCGAGGUGUCGUACUGCGACGAGUGCCUGCGCGCCACACACCCCAACAAGAAGCCCUUCACCGGCCACCGGCUAAUCGAGCCGCUCCCGGACUCACACCUGCGUGGCCUGCAGUGCCUCGAGCACGAGGAUGAGAAGGUGAACAUGUACUGUAUCACCGACGAGCAGCUCAUUUGCUCCCUAUGCAAGCUGGUGGGCCGACACCGCGACCACCAGGUGGCAGCGCUGAGCGAUCGCUACGAGAAGCUCAAGCAAGCCCUGGAGUCUAACCUCGGCAGCUUGAUCAAGAGGAACAACGAGCUGGAAUCCCUGAUGGGGAAGUUGAUUCAGACCUGCCAACACGUGGAGGUGAAUGCAUCUCGUCAGGAAGGCAAACUGCUCGAGGAGUGUGAUCUCCUGAUUGAAAUCAUCAAUCAGAGAAGGCAAAUCAUUGGCACCAAGAUCAAAGAGGGCAAGGUGGUGCGUCUGCGAAAACUGGCCCAGCAGAUUUCCAACUGCAAGCAGUGCAUCGAGCGAUCCUCCGCCCUCAUCACUCAAGCUGACCAGACGCUGAAGGAGACCGACCAUGCCCGCUUCCUGCAGACAGCCAAGAGCAUCUCUGAGAGAGUUUCCAUGGCAACAGCAUCUUCCCAGGUGUUGAUUCCUGAGAUAAACUUGACGGACACGUUUGACACUUUUGCCCUGGAUUUCACCCGGGAGAAGAAGUUGCUGGAGACUUUGGAUUAUCUAACUGCUCCUGACCCUCCUAAUAUAAGAGAGGAACUGUGCACAGCCUCCUAUGACACCAUCACCGUUCACUGGACAUCGGACGAUGAGUUUAGCGUGGUGUCUUAUGAGCUUCAGUACGCCAUCUUCACUGGGCAGUCCAACAUCGUCAGCCUGUGUAACUCCAUGGACAGCUGGAUGAUUGUGCCCAACAUCAAGCAGAACCACUACACUGUCCAUGGCCUGCAGAGUGGGACUAAGUACAUCUUCAUCGUCAAAGCCAUCAACCAGGCUGGCAGCCGCAGCAGUGAGCCAGGGACCCUCAAGACCAACAGUCAGCCAUUCAAGCUUGACCCCAAGUCUGCUCACAGGAAGCUGAAGGUCUCUCAUGACAACUUGACAGUAGAACGGGAUGAGACCUCUUCAAAGAAAAGCCAUGGUCAGGAACGUUUCAGCAGCCAGAGCAGCUAUGGUGUCACUGCAAAUGUCUACAUAGACAGCGGGCGCCAUUACUGGGAAGCUCUGAUUGGAGGAAGCACCUGGUACGCAGUGGGUAUUGCCUACAAAUCUGCACCCAAACACGAGUGGAUUGGCAAGAAUCCGGCUUCCUGGGUGCUCUGUCGCUGCAACAACUCUUGGGUGGUGCGCCACAACAGCAAAGAGAUGGCCAUCGAGCCGUCCCCCCACCUGCGCCGCGUGGGAGUGCUCCUCGACUACGACGCCGGCUCCCUGGCCUUCUACGAUGCCGUGGGUUCCCAGCACCUGCACACCUUCCACGUGUCCUUCACCCAGCCCGUCUGCCCCGUUUUCAAUGUGUGGAACAAAUGUCUGACAGUGCUCACUGGCCUGCCCAUCCCUGACCACCUGGAGGGUGUCGAACCUCUCGAUUGACCUCAAAAUAAAGUCACCAUGGGGGUCUGUUGGGAAAUGAAACAGGCAGCUUCAGAACUCUUUGGACCGACACAGGCCACCUGAAACUCCUGCUCCCCCCCACCCCACCCAUAAAAACACUCCACUAUGUCACAGUAGGCACCUUGGAUCAUACCCGUCUCCUCUCACCCCUCCAUGUGUGAUGUAGCACUCUAGUAUAUAGAAAAGGAAUGAAGGUGACCACGCAAUUUGUGGUGCAAUAUAAAGCCCUAAGAUGCAAAUAUAUUUAUGUUGUUCAUUUUCUUGCAAAUUAUAUAUGGUGGUUUGCUUUACCAACAAAGGCAAUUCCAACGAGCAAAAGUGAAAAAGCAGAUUAUCAAUUGGAAUCUAUUGUAGACUAUAUGUUUGCACAGCUAUGUUUAUGUUUUAUUUAUGAAAAGGAUUAUUUAGGGAAAUGGGUGUUAUGUUUGAAAAAAAUAUGGAUAUUAUGGUGCAAUUGUUGUGAUUUUCCUUCCAUUUAAUCAAAAAACAAAAGGAAAAAAAAAACGACGACAUAUAACUUUGUAACUUGGUUAACUUCGUCAUUCUCUUACUCAUCAUGUGAAACAUUAGUUACUUCUUCAUCUUUUGUCAGUUUUAUCAUUUAUGUUUCAUUAAAUGGUCAACUGAAAGAUUCAAAAACACUGCAAGACUAAAUAUGGACACAAUACACACCAUGGGACUGGUUGUGCUAGGACACUCAACACGUGUUUAAUACUGUGCUUAUAUGUUACUGUCAGUGUCAGUAUGUAGUCAGAAGAGAAACAUGACAUUUUAUAGUACAUUUUGCUUUAGAAGGAAGAAAGACUGCAUCAAGCUCAUCAAGUUGGUUAUUAUUCUCCUAAGUAAACUAGUGGUCAAAUGUAUUUUUCUUAAGAACUUCUGGAAAGAUAAUAUUAACAGAUAAAUCAGUUGAUUGUGUCACUGUACAGUACGAUUUCUAUUUGUUGAAGACUUAAAUAAAAUUGACCACAUUAUCCAUUUUCUGA